AAAUAAAAUCAAUAUGUUUUAGGUUACGCAUUUACACCCUUAAUCUGCUAGUACACAAUAGCACCUUUACCGCCAACGAGGUUUCAUUGCAGUUGCGAUGUCUGAGCAUGGUUAAAGCUUCACACAUUGAUAGCAGCAUUUGUGGACAUUUUUUUGUCUCACUUUCAAGCAUAGAAAACCAAGUGGGCUAUCGACAUCGCGACAGUGACUGUCGCGGAUGAUGUGUACAAGCCCUAAUGCAUUCAGUGUAUCGGUCGGUUUAGUAACCAGCAUGCCAGCUUUCGUUUUAAUUGAAAACAAAUAUCACGGUGUGGAUUUUUCUCGUGAACACGACCUGGACCGUGCAUACAUCAAAUGCGUACUGUUCGAUUUGCAAGCGUUGUGGUACGAGCGCCUGCCACUGGAGUCCCUGGUAAAUCGUGAGAAUGAACGCAAUCCUAUUGUCACCUACAACGAGGCACUCAUCAACAGUACCCUGCUAUCAAUUGAAGCAGUUGCCUAUACUAUUGAAGAGACUGAAACGAAGAAGUUGACAGUGAAAUAUUACGUGUCCGCAACACCGAUUACUUUCGUGUUUCAGUUAACGGCUGCCACGACCGAGCAGCUAUCGCUUCAGCUUAUCGUUCCCCUUUGGCGCACUGUAUUGUUGCUCGAUAGCCAGAAGCGUAACCUGAAGGCAAUUCUCGAGAAAAAGGAUGCUGAGCUGGAGCAGUACCGGCUGGAAGGUGCCGUACUGAAGCGAACCACCAUGCAGACUAGCAAAUUUAACGGAGAGGAAUUCGAAACGAGCUACAUGAACGAAGACGAGCGCACAAUUACACGGGAAGAUAGAACCAUACUCCAGCUGCUGACACGAUUGACACAUCGGCAUCACCUAAAGCAAGCGGUACACUUUGUCGAUCGAACCACUGUCGCAUCCAGCGUUGUACAGUCGCCUGGUGGCCAAUCUUCCAGCGGUUCGCCCAAUAAGCGAAAAAAGAGGAAGCGAAGAGCUAUCCCAGGCAUUCACCCAAUCAGUAAGUUCCCGGAAUUGGCAGAUCAAAAAUGAACUGACCAUAGGAAGUUCGCUGCGCUCUCAAAGCACCCCUGACUAGAGAUCCUAACUGAAAUCCAACCAUGCAAUUAGGAAUUAUCUGCACAAUAAUUACCUUUCACAAGAUAAUGAGAUUAACUCAAAUUUACUUUUCCUGCGCUGAAAGCAUUUUAAAGUGAAACAUCCAUCAACAGGUUGCCUGAAAACACAGCUUACACGAUUUCCGAAUCGAACUUAUGUGUACUGGAAAAACCGCUCAACCUUUGAUGGGGUUGCUUCGAGUAUAAAAAGGUCACAGAAUAGUCAUGAAAGAUUCAGAACAUCAGAAAUAUAACCUGAAAACAGAUGAAAUGCGUAUAUCUACUUAAACGGUUGCCAAAGAUAUGCAGUAUGCCCUUGCUUAGCAGCAGGGUUUUUUUCAUUUCUCUUAAAGAGAGUUCGUCGCAAACGGCAGAACAGUUGAUUUUAUAAGGGACUGGGAAGCUCUACAUGUGAUGCUCCAUAUCUUCUUUCUUUGAGCUAUUUAUGGCAGAGGCAUAUUAAAUUCUAUUUUAACGUAAUCUUGAAUGAGAACGCAGGCACGCCAUUCGAUAGGCUGUGACGCUGUAGGAAUAUCAGUAUUUUGUCCCAAAAUUGUGGCGUGCAACUGUACCCAAUAAAUAUAAAGAUUUGUGA